CUCCGCGCCGCAACCGCCCCCCACCCCCUGAAUUAGAAAACCGGGGAAAACAAACAAACAAACAACAAAACGAGGAAUAAAGUUAUCCCGGAUUUAAAACAAACGAACAAACUUUAAAACCUGCACCUCGAGAAGAAAGGACGGACAACCAGCCCCGCGGCGCCAGGAUGAGGCGGUGACCGGCAGCGGCAACUCGCUGCCCGCCGCGCUCUGCCCCUCCCGUCCCGCUCCGGCCAAGCUCUCCGCCCGGCCAUGGCCCCCCGGCCCAGCGCCGCCACGGCCGCCUGCGCCCUGCUGCUGCUGCUGACGCCCGGUCUUGCUGAGGACGAAUUUUUUGAGAAACCGACGCUAAGCAUUGCAAAAGACCACAUUGUCAUCUUACCAGGAGAAGCCCUAAAAAUAAAAUGCAGGGGAGCACCUUCGGUGAGCUGGCUUUUGAGGGAGGACCUGAGGGAAGACCCCAGGGUGCACCUCAGCAGCUGCCGAAAUAACACGCGGCAGAGCUGCAGCAUGCUCGUCAUCAGGAAAGUCACAGCCAACGACACCGGUUACUUCACCUGCAUCCAUGACGACUCCCCCUCCAACGAGGAUCUCAUGGCCAAGAUUUACGUCUUUGUUAAAGACUACAGAAAUCCGUUUGUGGAGAUCCACCCAGAACAUCCCCAGAUCAUCUACAUUUUGGAUGAGACGAAAACGGUUGUUGUCCCCUGCCGAGUUACUUCUCCAGAUAUCAAACCCAAGCUUACCCAGUAUCCCAAUUCCGUAGAGACGAACUUCAAGAGGAUGGUGUGGGACCCAAGAAGAGGAUUUGUCAUCCCCUCUCAUGCUUUCGUUUAUUCUGGAUUACUCACAUGCACUGCAAGUGUCAAUGGAAGCGUGUUCACAUCCUAUUACCUAGCACAGAGGUUGGAGGGCAGAGUACAGAACCUAGCUCUGAAAGCAACUCCCAAAAAACUGCUGGUUGGAGAAACUCUCUAUUUGGAAUGCAAAGCAGAAACCUUCAUCAAUGGGCGCAUCGAACUCAUAUGGACGUGUCCGAACGGGCGACACCCUUAUCCUAGAAGAAAAAUAGACCAGAGUGGAACGGUGUAUAAAGUUGGCAGCAUUCUGACGAUUGAAAAUGUCACCAUGCAAGAUGGAGGCAUGUAUACAUGCAAAACAUUCAAUGUAACGAGGCUGGAGGCCAACGUCACAGUCACAGUGUAUGACAAACCCUUCAUUACGGUUUCACAUAAGAAAGGGCCUUACUACGAGAUCACAUCAGGACACAAGUCACUGAAACUAGCUGCAAAGGUGGACGCCUUUCCUCGCCCAACUGUUACCUGGUACAAAGACGGCAAACUGAUCAAGGAUAACCAUACUUGCUAUGAGCCCGACCCACUGAAAUACAGACUGGGCAUAAGAGACGUGAGACCAAAGCAUGCCGGGAACUACACCAUCGUCUUGAGCAACGCAAAAUACGGCCUGUACAAGAACCUCACCAUGCAGCUGGUUGUGACAGAGAGACCCAAGAUCUACGAAAAGGAAACUGAUUUCGAUAAGAUUGAGCGGGUGGAAUUAAGAAGCAAACACAAAAUCCAGUGCACCGUAAGCGGGAAUCCCGACCCGAAGAUCGAGUGGAAGUGGCAGCCCUGCAGCCUCACAGACACCCUGUGCAACCCUGAUGGGCAAAAAGUUCUGGUUCAGGAGAACAUGAUCAUAGGCAACAAGAUCAAGAGCAUUGAAAAUAUGACCAUGAAGCACGGGGAUAAGAGGAAGAUUGUGAGCACACUAACUAUGGAGAACAGCAGCACAUCGGGGAUCUAUUACUGUGUGGCUUCAAACAAAAUUGGCGAAGAGGAGAGGAGCAUCGAGUUCUACGUCUCAGAUGUGCCGUUCGGGCUGCAAACAGACCCACAGGUCACAACCAUAGUGGGGAACGACGCCCAGCUGACCUGCCGGGCCUCCAAGUACAUCUACAGCAACCUGGCCUGGUACUACCCCUCCUCAGAGGCGGCUCCCGGUGACUCGGUGAUCAAGAAAACUGACAACUACUCCAUUUCCUUGACGUUGGUCAUUGCUAACGUCACGAAGGAGCACAGUGGCCUCUACAAGUGCAGAGCUCAGAACCAGCACAACAGCACGGACACGCUGGAGCAGCACACCCAGCUCCUUGUCAGAGCAAAGGCAGCGCCGUAUGUUAUCCAGAAUCUGACCGACCUGGAGGUUAACAUCAGCGGCAAGAUCAUUCUGGAGUGCAAAGUCAGCGGGACGCCAGAGCCUCACAUUACCUGGAGGAAGAAUGGCCACCCCAUCUCAGCAGCCUCAGGAAUUUCCAUGGAAAAUAACACCCUGGUCAUUGAGCGAGUGAAGAAGGACGAUGAAGGGCUCUAUGAAUGCAAGGCAUCCAAUGACAUGGGCCAAGACAGCACAUCAGCCUUCAUUAAAAUACAAGGUUCUGAAGAGAAAUCCAACAUCGAAGUUAUCAUUUUGGUCUGCACCGGUCUAGCAGCUACCCUCUUCUGGCUUCUUCUGACCCUCUUCAUUCGGAAGCUGAGAAAACCUGAUGCCACAGACAUUAAAACAGGAUACCUGUCAAUUAUAAUGGAUCCAGAGGAAAUGCCUCUCGACGAGCAAUGUGACCGUCUUCCCUAUGACAGCAGCAAAUGGGAGUUCCCGAGAGACAGACUGCGGCUGGGUAAAACACUGGGUCACGGUGCUUUUGGGAAGGUGGUGGAGGCGUCUGCUUUUGGCAUUGAUAAAUCUUCAACCUGCAAAACAGUUGCCGUAAAAAUGCUUAAAGCAGAAUGUGCAACUACUAAUGAAUGCAAGGCUCUAAUGUCUGAACUGAAGAUCCUCAUACACAUAGGACAUCAUCUGAAUGUAGUCAACCUGCUGGGAGCCUGUACCAAAGCUGGAGGUCCUUUAAUGGUCAUAGUAGAAUAUUGCAAAUACGGAAACCUGUCCAAUUACCUGCGAGGCAAACGAGGAGAUUUCAUUGCAUACAAGUCCCAGGAAAAUUCUGACCAAGCAGAGAAAAGUCUGGAUGAGUCCAACAGCGAUUUGACCGAACUGAUCAAGAGACGCCUUGAGAGCGUAGCCAGCACUGGAAGCUCUGCCAGCUCGGGAUUUAUUGAAGAUAAGAGUUACAGUGAUUCUGAAGAGGAUGAAGAAGAUGCUGAGGAUCUGUACAAGCGGCCUCUGACGCUGGAGGAUCUGAUAUGCUACAGCUUCCAAGUGGCAAAAGGGAUGGAAUUUCUCGCCUCCAGAAAAUGCAUUCAUCGGGAUUUGGCAGCAAGGAACAUCCUUCUUUCAGAAAACAACGUGGUUAAGAUCUGUGACUUUGGACUAGCCAGGGAUAUUUACAAAGACCCUGACUAUGUACGGAAAGGAGAUGCAAGACUUCCACUGAAAUGGAUGGCUCCAGAAGCUAUUUUUGAUAAAAUUUACACAACACAGAGUGACGUAUGGUCUUUUGGAGUGCUGCUAUGGGAAAUAUUUUCCCUAGGUGCCUCACCAUACCCCGGAGUGCAGAUCGACGAGGACUUUUGCCGACGGCUCAAAGAAGGAACCCGGAUGCGAUCUCCAGAAUAUUCUACUCCCGAAGUCUACCAGACGAUGCUGGAUUGUUGGCAUGGAGUGCCCACAGAGAGGCCUACUUUCACAGAGCUUGUGGAGCGUUUAGGAGAUCUUCUUCAGGCCAAUGUACAGCAGGAUGGUAAAGACUAUAUCCCACUGAACAUCACGCUGUGCCCCGAUGGAGAGUCUAACUCCAAAACUUGCCCCGUGGAAGAAAAUCUGAACAACUGUGUCAAUCGCUGGAGCGCAGUGGAGACUGGUAACAACAGCAAGAAGCGACCACUGAGUGUGAAGACAUUUGAUGAGGUGCCAGUGGAAAAGGAGAAAGUGAUACAUGAGGAGUCAGACAGUGGGAUGGUGCUGACAUCAGAUGAGAUAAAAAGCCCAAAGAGGCUGGAAAUCCGUUCCUGGCCUUAUGGGAUCAUGGCGCUGGCGCGGAGAGCUGUUAGCAAGAGCAAAGAAUCCAUAUUAUCUGACCACGAGCGUGAGGCUGUCAAAUACCAGCCAGCAGUGCAGGUUGAAGAGGACACCAUGGACUUCACACUGGAAGACUCUGUUCUCCUUCCUAUGGAUCCCAACCUGGAAUGCCACAGCCCACCUCCAGAUUACAACUCCGUCAUUCACUACUCUGCACCUCCAGUGUAAUCAGCCCACCCUGAGGCAGGGCCUCUUGCUCCUCUCUUAACCAUGCUAGAUUCUUACAUGCCUCCGUACAGGGGCUGGGUGAAAACAGAAGGGAAAUCUGACAGCACACUGGUUCACGUUUCUUCUGGCACAUCUCUGAUGUGAACAGAAACUCUUUACGAGCAUCCUCCAUGUUAUCUUUAAAGGCCUAUUGCAACACAAGCAGUAAAUUAAAAUUCUGCCUACCAGAAUUGUAAUUCGGAGCUGUAAGCCCCGAGUAUUUCCAUCCUUCCUCCCUAGCUGGGACUGCUCAUUGGCAUUUGCAGAUUAGCUCUGUAAGAGUCACCACAAGUCAUCUCAAGCUAGCUGUGAAAACAAGAUUCAUUCUGCUGGUCCUGCACACAUCCUGCAGGGAUUGUUUAGUAUGAUGUUGUAAGGGAUCAGUUGAGAAGAACAGCCAGAAACCGUAAUGUUUUGGAGAAAGUCCGGAACUUGAAGCAUUUUUCUUAACUUGGGAAUUCACCUUCCGUAAAUGUUUUUGAAAUAUUUUGAAAUCCAAAAUAUUUUUGUUACAAUUUGUGAUUUGGUAAUUUCCACUGCCAAUAGGGCCCACUCCUAAAAUGAUACAGCACCCAGAAAGCAGCCAGUAUUCAUGGAUCAAGAGGCAGGCUGGUCUCUUGGGCUGGCAGGGUACACAAUGUGCCUGAAUGUUUCCCCGUGUUUCCUCCUUGUCCAAGCAACAAUUUAUUUAACAUACCUGCAGUAGGGAACCUUGAUGGGGAUGCUUCUGUAAUGACUGCAAGGCAUCAUCGCUGCAUUAACUAAGAACCUUCCCUAGCGGAAGCGGACAGCGUUUCCCAGCACACGUUUGUGUGAACGUGCAUAGAACACCAACACCCAAAGAGUUACACACACAUGCACGUGUACCCUUGAGGCAUCAGCAUAGCAACAUUUUUCUCCUUCCUUUCUGGACGCGGAUUAUUUACAAAAAACCAAAAGCACUUCCUUUGAAUCCUAUGGCAGAUGCCCAACAGUUUGAUCUUGGUUGUACUAGCCCAUGCUAAUCUGUGAGCAUAUGUGACACAUAUUUGUCUCCGACUGUCUUGCCAAGGUAAAUACCGGUCUGAUAUGCCGUGCCCUCUGUAUCUAAACCCUUCAUGAGUAAUUCAAAGCUUUUUUUGCAAUCUGAUCACGUCAGACCAAAGGGAUCACCACUUCUCCCAUUUGAGAAAUUCAGUGUGUUAUCCCCCAGCCAUGGCUGCGUGUGGCAAGGACUACUGGCCUGCCACUACGCACACCCGGGUCUUGCGCGUAGCGCUGCUCGUACUCACUGCAGCUUCAAAACUAAACAAAUUGUCCUCGUCAUUUAAUGUGCUAGGAAUCAAUCAGAGUUGAUGGUAGAAAACCAGGAAGGAAUAAUGUAUCUAGUUUUCAGGCAUCAAAAGCAAAGAUGAAAAAGAUGUUCAUUGGCAGCCAAGCCCAUGAGCUCCUAAGUUACAAACCUAGGUCUGCAUAUGACUUGCUCUCUGUGCAGUUUCUUUGAAGGUCUGCACAGCCCUUUUCUUUCUUUAGACUUUAGACUCUGAUUUGACUUCUUCAGAGAAAGAAUUUUCCUUCAUGAUCACCAGCUGAAAUGAUUACAAACUAUUAUUUUUUUUUCUAAAAGAUCCAGCACUUGCCAAGCAGUUAUUCUACCUUGGUGAAGAGAGCCCAAACACCCUCACGACAUUUCUGGAAGAUCAGUUACAGUUGGUUGCAUUGAAAUAAACAAAAAAAGGCUCAGGUAUUAUCAAAGGGGGAAAACAAAUCUCCAAACCCCAUACCAUGUUAACUGUGAAUGCUAAGGCAUCUGAAGUAAUGGCUCUGGGGAACUGUACUUCUUGUUCUCCUCAGCUUCGGAUCUGACAUAUGAAAGAAAUCACCUGCAGAAAGUCAUGAGCCCCUUAUUCAUGGUGGACCUGGUAGAUAGCUGGGAUCUGUAGUUGCUUUAUGGCCAUUUUUGCACUUCUUUGUAUUUUAGUACUUAUGUAUUAAGUAGGGCUGGUCAAAUAACAGAGGAAACUACUGGGAGAUAAUUCAUCUGAUGAGCCACAGAAAGCUCAUUGGGUCAGUUUUGCAUCAAAUAGCAAAAUAGCUAUCUAUCGCGCUGAUCAAAUAAUGGAUCGCUUCUUUAGCAGUAAUUUAUUCAUGUGGCAAAAAGGAAAAAAAUGUGCAUAUGGUUUGUCUGGCUCUACUGUUAAUGGCAUCAGUGUGAGAUGGUUUGUUAUUGUACCUUGUGAUGUAGUGUAAGAAGAUAACAAUGUUUAAAAACCUUUGCUUUUAAACUUUAAAAUAAGUACAUAUAGGAAGAAAAAAAACACAACUAAGCUCUCUGUUUUGAAAAAGAGUGGGAAACACUGCUGCGUGAACUGCCUGCUUCCGAGAGAACCGUGUACAACGUCUCUCCUCUUUAUGAAGGCCGAACUGUAGAGGUUUCUUCGAAACCCGAGGAAUGCGAAGGGCGUUUCCUGAGUAGGACCCAAGAGGACACUCUGAUGGAUGCUGGUAGCUGGGUCCCUUUCUGGCUCCCGGUAACGUGUACCAGCCUGUCUUGCACCACGUGAGAUGAUGUGAAAGCAGAGUGCAGGUGCAUGUGCUCAAGACACGUUUUAAAGCACUGGUUGCAUUGCCAGCCCCCUGGAAACUCAGGGCUCCUCUGCGGUGGCAAAAUCAACAGCUGUCUUGAGCAGCAUUGAUGGCGAUUUCUUCGGAGAGCAAGGAUACCCUCCAAGCCUGUCCUCACGGCCUUGGGAUGUUCUGGAAAUGGCAAGUGACUGAUGCUUGGGCGGCUGUGUUUCCAAUGUUUAUUUUGAGUGGAAGCUUUUUUCCCCUAUGGUAAAUGUAACAAGCAAAAAUACUGCCUGAAAGUAUUACUGAACAUAUGUUUUCUAUUUUAUUUACUAAUAUUUUGUUUGUCUUUUUCUCUCCUCCCUUAAUUUAAUUAUUGUUCUUUUCUUACAAUGAUGUAUAUAGUUUACCCAAUACCAACAAAUAUAGUGAUUCAUUUAUAUGGUAAUAUUUGUAACAUUUUAGUCAAAAGAUACCAGGCAUAACAGAGUUAAAUAUCUUUACUAAACAUUUCACUAAUGCUUGCAGGCCAGGCUCCAGUUUACAGUACCCUACAAGUGCCAUUUCAUAGCAGGUCUCCUCCUGGCUCUCGUGUCUCUGGCUCUCACUUGGUCUCCAUGGUAUUUAGUUUCAAUUAGGAAACAGGGAUCUGGAGGAAUCUGGCAGGUUUAUCUCAUUUCUGGGAGUGUUUCGUGCAGCUCAAGGUAAAGGGGAGGAAUUUUCACUGCCUCUGUUUCAACUAAAGGCUGGUGUAUUGGCUAGAGUAUCAAAAGGGCCAAAUUGUGUAAGUGAUAUGAUGUUGAUUAUUUCCUCAGACUUCUCAGGGAUUCUUAUUCAACUCUUGUCAGCCACCUGCUUUUCCUAACCCGACUGAGCUCAGUGGUAGCUGGUAUCAAGAAGUACCUUUGUUUUCUUUAAUGGUGCUUACUCUGACUGUUUUUUUUUCCUCUUGUAACCCUAGAGAAUUAGGGCAAAAGAAGUCAGAGCUCACCACAGAAAGGUGUUGUCUUCUCUCCUGCCCCUGCCAUGUAGGCUUCCAAGGAAAAGUGCCUUCACCUGCAUGUUGCUGUUCAGGCUGGUAUUUUUGGCAGUCUGGUUUCCUACCUCCUCUUUGCUCUACUUUUCUUCUGUUUCUUGGUUAUUUGCUCUUCACAGCCCCCUGAUGGCUUUUCUCUGCCUUUUGACUAAGAUCAGGGAUAGAACUCACUUCGCAGCUAUUUCGUGUGUGUUCUGCUCUUGCAGAGGCUGAACUAGCCAACCUAAAGUAAGUUUUUUCACAUAAAAAAUGUUUCCAGUGUAGGCACAGGAAACUAAUGUGCCUGGAAGCAUCUCUCUACACUUCCCUCAAUGACAGAAGCGUUUUACUCUUGUGAUUUUUCAGUGUUAGAUAUCUCCAACAAGACAACAAUUGGUGUCUUACCUAUGUGAACCUCAUCCUUCUCCUAGUGCUUUCCCAAACAAUGUGGUUCCUCUUUGCUUCUGUCAAGCUGUCCUCAUCAGAAGGGGUUCCUGAGCAGGACGCUGGGCCCAUACCAUCUGCCUGGGAUAUCAAGGAAGGCCAGACAAAAACCUAAAGUCUUUCUGAAUAACAGCCCCCAGUGAAAGCACUGACAUUUGAACCCACCAAAUGCUGAAGACACACAUGUGUAAGGCUGCCUGCAGGUAUAAGCUGCUCUGCUUAGACGUUCCACUAAUAUCAACGCUGCUCUGCAGUUUGCCAGCUUGCCAGCUGCCUAGGAUAGCGGCCAGGCACUUCUCUCCUUGUAUUUACGCUCUUGUAUACUGUAGAAUGUUAGCUGGUAUGGCAGCCUCUAACUGGCCGGUAAACUGUUCGUGACUUCUCAACGAUCCCUCACCCUGAGCACCAGCACUGCCUUGCCACGUCCUGCCUUGCUUUACCAAGGUGGUCAGGCCCCGUUCCAGCCCUAAGGGUGCACUUUUGGGUCGGUGGACUAUAACUCCCACCAGCACCAACUGGACAACACCAGGAAAUAUUAGCAGGGAAACAUCACUAGCAAAAAGCUACAUUAGGAGGUAAAGCAUUGCCAGGUUUUCCUGAAUGAAGGAGUGGGCCAGGAUCUCACAGCUCCGUCUAUUUCUUUCUUAUGAUCAACUGAAGAAAAAAUACAGACGGUAGCAAUAUUUCUUUUGUCCCUCCCUACAAAUAGUAAUGGCCAAACCCUGUGAUCCAUUCUGUUUUUAUACUGUGCCACAAAAA